CUGCAUGAUGGCGGUCCCCAUGACAGAUCCGGCACAUUGACUUGUAGGUGUGAAGUUUACCCUUUUCCUUCGUCCGCUGCGGGGACAUUUCAUCAGUAGAUUACCUGAACCGAAAUCAUCGUGAGUGAAUCCGAACUGAAUCUCAGGUCAUGGCGCUGCACAGACUGCCCUUCAGACUCCGGCACACGGUAACGCAUGUGAGGUCCCUGCAUACCAGUGGAUGUGGCCAGCAGCAGGAGGCUCUGGCUGGGGAGUCAAAGCAUGAGCCGUUUUCAGUUUUCAGAACACAGGAGAAUGAUCCAGUGUGUCAGUCACAGAACCAAAUCGGACAGUAUUUCACGCUGCCCUCUGCACAAAUCCGCACUCUGUUCCCUCACGGCCUCCCUCGGCGCUAUCAACAACAGGUGAAGACGUUUAAUGAAGCCUGUGUGAUGGUGAGGCAGCCGGCUUUAGAGGUCAUCUCUUACCUGAAGAAAGCAGACUACAGCCAACCCUCUCUACGAUAUGUAUUCUAUGGGUUGAAGGGCAGUGGAAAGACGAUGUCUCUCUGUCACACACUCCACUUCUGCUACACACAGGGCUGGUUGUUGCUGCAUGUCCCUGAUGCUCACCUGUGGGUGAAGAACUGCAGAGAGUUGCUGCCGUCCUCCUACAACACCUCUCGCUUUGAUCAGCCAUUACAAGCCGUUGAUUGGUUACGCAACUUUAAAAUCACCAAUGAGCAAUUCCUUCCAAAGAUAAAGACAACGCAGCGCUAUUCAUGGACAAAGAGAGAGUUCACUGAGGAGGGAAGUCCACUCGGGCAGCUUGUGGAUCAGGGAAUAUCUCGUGUGAAGAGCAGCAGUGAUGUGGUGGGGGCGGUGAUGAAGGAGCUGAGGGUGCAAAGCGGGCAGCCAGAGUCAGACUUCCGCCUGGCGGUGGCUGUGGAUGGUGUCAACGCCUUGUGGGGAAGAUCCACCAUCAUGAAGGAGGAUAAGAGCGCUGUGGAGCCAGAGGAGCUCACUUUGGUUUAUAACCUGAGAAAGCUGAUGACGAGCAGCUGGACUGGAGGCGCCAUCAUCACUACUCUGUCACAGACGGGGUCUCUCUACACUUCAAAAUCAUCCUACUUGCCUCAAGAGCUGCUGGGAGAGAGGGGGUUUGACUGCAUGGACCCGCUCAUCCCGGUGUCGGUGCCCAACUACAGCGAGAAGGAGUUUGAGAGCUGUUACCUCUAUCUUAUGGACCGCCAGUGGCUGCAGCACCCGCAGAGUCGAACAGAGGAAGGAAAGAAAGAACUCAUCUUUUUGAGCAACAGAAACCCAGCGAUGUUGGACAGAGUUUGUUCCUUCUUAUGAAGUUUGCAUAAAGACUUAAAACACACACAGGCACACACACAAAACACACAUAAAUAUCAUACACACAAAUAUACAUAAAUAGAAAUAAAUAAAUGUCAAUACCUUUAAUAUGUGUAAAUUUUGAUGCAUGUGUGUAACUUUGAUAAUAAAAUGUUGAAUAAAACUUCAAACUAAUA